AUGGAUAUAGAAUUUUGCCCACAACAUCUUUUAGCUUAUGAUAAUUCAGUAAUUAACGAAGAAGAUGACAUUAAGAUAAAAGUGGAAGAAAAUUUAUCUUCAAUUAUCAAAAAAAUUAAUGAAUUAAAGAACGAAAAACAUAAUGAUGGAGAAUUAAUUUAUUUUUUAGAAAAAAAUAAUUUUUUUAAUAUACCUAGAUACUCAAAAAUUCCUAAAACGAAAAAAAGUACAAAAUGGGAAAUGUUUGCUGAAAAAAAAUUAAUGAAAAAAAAAAAUAAAAGUGGUUUAAUUUUUGAUAAAAAUUCGAAAGGAUGGGUUAGGCGUUAUCAGAAAAAACAUAUAAAAGAAAACGAAGAGAAAUUAAAAUUCGUACAUGAAUAUAAAGACAACGAAAACCUUUAUGAAGAUCCUUUUGAAAAAAAAGAAGAAGAAAAAGAAAUUAAAAAAAUGAAACAGAAAAUGAGAGAAAUGAAAAAUAAGUUUGAUCAAAAAGGAAUUUCCAAUGAAGAUAUAAAAUACAUUCAAAGACAAAAAAGAAAAAGAGAAAAUUUAAUUGAUAAUCUUAAAAUGGCACAAAUUUCAUCUUCGACAUUUGGGCGAGAAGACAAAAAAUUAAAAAAAGAAAAAAAAUUAAAAGUAAAGAACAAUGUAACAAAACAAAAAUACGAAAAUCGUUUACCCAAAGAUGAAAUAAACCAAAAUAAUAAAAUAGCUGCGAUUGUUUUGAAAUCUCUUUAA